UCAGCAGCAAGUCGACAUGGAGGUCACAGCUCUGUGCAUCAGACUGAUGAUGAACGUGAUGGUUGUGCAUGUUCACCUCAGUUACUCUCACAGAGCAGUUUUUCCUCAGGUUGUUCCAAACAGACUCCAGUUCUUUGAAUACGAGUCCAUCGUGAUCAGCUGUGAGGGACUGGAGGGGCUGUCUGGGUGGAGAGUGAUGAGGAAGCUCAUGGGAGUCAGUACAAUCUGUGCAUCCAGCUGGGAGACGUACACCGAAGCCUGCACCAUCAAAAACGCCUUCGCAGCAGAGAGUGGAGAAUACUGGUGUGAAGCUGCAGGGAGGAGGACAGGCGACGCUGUCAACAUCACUGUCACUGCUGGUUCUGUGAUCCUGGAGAGUCCUGUUCUUCCUGUGAUGGAGGGAGAUGAUGUGACUCUGAGCUGCAGAAAAAAGGCAACGUCUUCCAACCUCACAGCUGAUUUCUAUAAAGACGGACUCUUCCUGGGCAGCAGCUCCACAGGAGAGAUGAUCAUCCCCAGUGUCUCCAGGUCUGAUGAAGGACUGUACAGGUGUAACAUCUCUGGAUCUGGAGAAUCACCUCAGAGCAGACUGACUGUCAGAGGUAGUUCAGCUGGUCCUGUGAUCCUGGGGAGUCCUGAUCCUCCUGUGGUUGAGGGAGACACUCUGACUCUGCAGUGCAGAAAGAAAACCUCCUCCAGCCUCACAGCUGAUCAUAAAGACGACCUCAGCGAAGGGAGCGACUCUGUAGGAGACCUGAUCAUCCACAGUGUGUCCAGGUCUGAUGAAGGACUGUACAGGUGCAGCAUCUCUGGAUCUGGAGAAUCAGCAGAGAGCAGACUGACUGUCAGAGUCUCGCAGAGAGACCCUGAUCCUUCCUGUGACUGCUCUCCUCAUGGCUUCAUGCUGCUGCGGAUCUUCAGCACCAUUUUACUGAUGGCUCUGGGGCUGGUGGUGGGACUCCUUCACCGUCAGAAACCCAAAGGUGUGUCGACCUCUGCUUCCUUCCACCCCGCCCCCUCUCCUCAAACACCUGAGGAGCGUCAGCCUCCCGUCAGUGUGUCGUGUGAUGUUACCAGUCAGCAGCAAGACAACAUGGAGGUCACAGCUCUCUGCGUCACAGUGUUGAUUAAUGUGUCGUUAGUGCUCAUCGAACACAUUCACUGCAGUUACUCUCAGAGAGCUGUUGUAGGUUUCCCUCUGGUUGUUCCAAACACACAGCAGCUCUUUGAAUAUGAGCCCAUUACUGUCAGCUGUGAGGGACUGGAGGGACUGACUGGGUGGAGAGUGAUGAAGAAGAUCAUGGGAGUCAAUACAAUAUGUGCAUCUACCUGGGAGGACUCAACGAGACCCUGCAGCAUUAAAACUGCCUUUUCAGCAGACAGUGGAGAAUACUGGUGUGAAGCUGGAGGCAGGCGAACCAACGUGGUCAACAUCACUGUUACUGGUGGGACAGUGAUCCUGGAGAGUCCUGCCGUCCCUGUAACAGAGGGACAAAAUCUGACUCUGCGCUGUAGGAGGAAGACGACGUCCUUCAACCUCACAGCUGACUUCUAUAAAGACAGCAUCCAUAUGAAGACGGGUUAUGAAGGACAGCUGAUCAUCCCCAGUGUUUCCAAGUCUGAUGAAGGACUGUACAAGUGCAGCAUCUCUGGAUCUGGAGAAUCAGCAGAGAGCAGACUGACUGUCAGAGUAAAAACCUCAAGCAGUCGUUCCUCCUUCCAUCCCUCCUCACCUCCACAACCAGAUAAGGAAGAAUCCCAAACUACUGCUUGUUACUAUACCUUGAACCUGGGUAAGCCUUUAUGA